CUGAAUAUUUCAGCUGAAAGAGAAACUCAAGGCAAAAUACGGAACAGAUGCUUGCGUAGAUUCUCCCAGUGAACAUGAGGACGAAGAGGAAAGUCAAGAAGACGAUGAAAGAAGAUCGCAAUGUAAUCUUGAGGAGACGUCCAGCACAAUAGAUAUUCCCUCUCCUAUAGUUACAACAAAAACGUAAAAGAAAUACCAGAAGAUGCAAUCUCCAGUUGAAAAAGAAGCAAUAAAACAGUCUUCUGAAUUACAGAAACAAGUGCAGGCUAAGCUGGCUAGUCGCGCGGACAUGACACCCGAAAGUCAGAACUGGGGACAUUGGAUGGUCAGCAUUCUUCCAGGUAUUGACGACAGAUUGUGGGGGAGGUUUAAAAGAGAGAGUAUGGAUCUAUUGGACAGAUUUCAAAAUGAAAGUAAGGAGCUACGCAGCCGUGAUAAACAACGUCUUCAGCAACUGCAGGGAUUCACUGGUCAACAAUCUGCAUUGGAUGUUCCCAUGGGCAGCUUCUGUAAUCAAUCAAGUAAUGUUGGGUACCUACCUGCAUGACAGCAGCAAUAUCAGCUACCUGGACAGGACGUCGCCUUUCUGCAAAACCGGUCUCAAACUCAAGCAGACAUUGAACCUAUAAGAGCACAUUCUGCUCCACCUGUUACAUGCGCACAAGAUAUUACAACAUCAAGUAUUGCCAGUGUAAUAAUGCAAUCGGAUUCAAUGAACGUUGAUUCACCCUCAUCGUCACUUUUCUCAUUAUAAAC